AUGCCCAAACCCAAAGAGACACCUUCAAUCAAAUCGGACGAUUCUCUUCAAUUUAUAUUAGAAGGGGAUACGAAAAAGUUAUUUCUUCUCACAAUUUAUGUCGGAACAGUGAUACUGGGAUUUAUAUACUGGGCUAUAGCCUCUCCAAAUGAAUCUUUAUGGUCUCAAAAGUCUAAUCCAUUCAAUAAGUACUUCGUAAAAAAUGGCUGGUUUUGGACUUCGAUUUUAUUUUUUUGGUGCCGGGGCCUGGAAGUUAACGCAUUCUUUCGAUGGCUAUCCGCAACGGCUUAUUGGUACAUUAUAACACAGGAAUUUUUUGGACCGAGUAUAAUUGAUAGGUUCUUUGUCAUAACGGGUGGAAGGUGUUCGGAUGUUUCACUGUCUGAGGCGUACACGUGCAAAAAGGGAAAUGGUUGUUCCUUUAUACCAUCAGAAAAACAAGAAUGUAUCGAACCGUUUUAUGGUGGCUCUUCUUAUUCUUUGGUGGUGGAUGUUAUUUAUGACAGCUAUAUAUUUUCAUUCCUUCCUGGAAAAUCUAACUGGUACUACUCUGGGGGUUUCGUAUUGGUUGCUGUUCUAUCAUUAUAUACUUCCAAGGUCUAG